GUUUCUCAGGUCACAGAGGCGCUGGUUGUGUCAAUAAUCACAUAAUUUUCACAAUGAAAACGGUUUUUGUGACGGUCGGAACGACUUGUUUUGACGAUUUGAUCGCCAGAAUGGCUUCAGAUGAAGUGGUAGAGGCUUUAACACACCGCGGAUUCACGGAUGUGGUGCUGCAGGUGGGUCGAGGCUCGUUUUUCCCUGAAGCCCACAGCUGUCCCGGACUGAGACUCGGAGCUUUCCGCUUUAAAGAGUCCAUCGCUGAAGACAUUCAGGCCGCGGAUGUAGUCAUUAGCCAUGCUGGUGCUGGGAGUUGUCUGGAGGUUUUAGGAGCUGGAAAGCCUCUUGUUGUUGUGGUUAAUGAUAAAUUAAUGGACAACCAUCAGCUGGAGCUGGCCAAGCAACUGCAGGCUGAUGGUCAUCUCCUCUACUGCACUUGCAGCACUCUCGCAGAGACUCUGCGUGACAUGGACCUGUCCACGUUGCUGCCAUUCCAGCGUGGCCAGCCUGAAAACUUUGCCCAGUUUUUGGACAAAGCAGUUGGAUUUGUUUGACCAUUGCUGGAUGUUUUGUGUUGAACAUCAGUAUGGGGAGAAAUUGCACGACAAACACUUUAAAAAAAAAAAAAAAAAGAUUUUUUGGGGGGGCUUUUUUCACCUUCAUCACAUAGGACAGUGCAGAGACAGAAAACGAGCGGGAGAGAGAGACGGGGAGGGAUCGAACCCGGGUCCCCGGAUCCACGGCACGGCGCCCCGUCCACCUGAGCCACGAUGCCCCCGACAAACACAUUUUGGGAGAACGCCAGACUGAUAAAUACCACUGAUUUUCUCAGGCCAAGGUCCGUGGCAGACUAAUCGGAGAAGAAUAUUGGUGUUGAUCUAAUUGUAACUUUAUAAUAUAGAAAUUGCUAUUGAAAUCAAUGUUGUACAUUAGCAACUGUAUAAUGUUAUGUAUGUAUUUAGUCAGUGCCUUCCAUGAUUAUUGGCACCCCUUGUAAAUGUGGUUCGAAAAAAAUCCGCCUUUUGGUGAAGUACCUUCAUCUCACACUGAAAAAAAAUGAGAAAAAUCCAACCUUUAAUUGAUUGAAAUAAAUGUAUUCAGAGAAAAACGAAUCCCUUAACAAGAAAUAAUUAUUUUCAACAGAAACGUGUGCCACUGUUAUUGGCACCCCUGCGUUUAAAACCUUGUACAACCUCCUUUGCCAGUAAAACAGCACUGAGUCUCCUGUAACAUUUUAUAAGGUUGGAGAUACAGAGCAGGGCAUCUGAGACCAUUCGUCUUUACACAAUCUCUCCACAUCAUCCAGGGUCCUCGGCCCUCUCUUGUGCUCUCUCCUCUUCAGCUCACCCCACAGGUUUUCAAUGGGGUUCAGGUCAGGGGACUGAGAUAGCCAGGGCAGAAGCUUGAUUCUGUGGUCAGCGAACCCUUUUUGUCUUGAUUUGGACAAAUGCUUCAGAUCAUCAUCCUGCUAGAAGAUCCAAUGACACCCCAGUUUUAGUUUCUUGCCAGAGGCAGCUCUGUAUAUUUCUUUUUUGAAAUGAUUAAUAAAGUAUUUUUCUAUGAA